AUGGCGAAAUCCCGGAUAAGAGCCUUCCUGGCAGCCACCGCCCUCUUGGCCAGAUUCGCCUCAGCAGAAGCGCAAGACCAAAUCCCUCUCUCCGAAGGAAAUGGCGAAGCCGCUGCUCCCUAUACCUGCACCCAUCCUCCGUACAAGAUCCACCUAUUUUCGCAAUCGCCCCUCGUCAUCUACAUCGCCGGCUUCCUCACACCAGACGAGCGCGCCCACCUCCUCCACCUCGCCGGCGACACCUUCACCCACUCCGCCAUCAACACCUCCAACGGCACCACCAUCAGCGACAGCAUCCGCACAUCCUCCUCCACCACCGUCGCCCUCGACGACCCCGUCGUCCAGUGCAUCGAGUCCCGCGCCCUCGCCUUUCAGGGCCUCCCGGGCCUGCCCCGCUCCCACCUCGAGCCCAUCCAGCUCGUCCGCUACGCCGCCGGCGAGCACUACCAUUUCCACACCGACUGGUUCGUCGACCCCGCCCACAGCACCGCCCGCUUCGGCGGCCAGCGCACCACCUCCUUCUUCGGCUACGUCGGCGUCGGCGACGGCACCACCGGCGGCGGCACAAACUUCCCCGUCCUCGACAUCCCCGACGACGACCCCGCCUGGUGCCGCUUCGUCGACUGCGACGAGGCCCGCGAUCGCGGCGUCACCUUCCGCCCCAUCGAGGGCAAUGUCGUCUUUUGGCAAAACGUCGGGCCUGACGGCCUCGGUGACGACAGGACCCUGCACGCGGGACUGCCCGUCACUUCGGGCUGGAAGGUGGGUAUGAAUAUCUGGACGAGGGAGGGGCCCCUGGGGCGGGAUGUUCGCGGCGAGGCGGCGUGGGAGUGA